AUGUUAGAUGAUCUACGUUCGCUCCUAGUGGACCAAUCUAAACAGCUCGUUCGAAUCAAAACGAUCUUGAUUAAUUUUAAGAAACUUUCCAAGACCAACGUUACACUUCCAAAAAUCAAAGGUCGAUUGGCUGACUUGAAGGGGUACUGGGAAAAGGUUCAACUCCUUCAUACCAGAAUUUCGCUUGCCGCCACCAAGGAGAAAAUGGAAAGUCUACCCUACUUUAUCAACAACGAGUACGAUGAUGCUGAAGAAAACUACUACGAGGCAGCUGAUUAUUUCAACGAUGCGAUAAGUAGAUUUGUAAAAGUAGAGCCCCCUCAGGGUCUUAAUAGUACCGAAAUCUCUUUCCGCGAUGCGCCUCACAGUUUUGCGUUACAACUUCCGCGUAUUUCGCUUCCGAAAUUCUCAGGUAUCCAAGUAGAAUGGGAACGUUUUCGAAAUACAUUUGAAUCGCUUGUAGCAAAUCAAGAUUCACUCACAAACACGCAAAAGUUUCACUAUUUAAAAUCAAGUGUUGCGGGAGACGCUGCUCAGUUGAUAGCAAAUCUGAGAAUUUCUGAAACGAAUUACGAACCUGCGUGGCAAUUAUUAUUAGCAGAAUACGACGAUAAACAAACAUUAGUGUGUGCUCACCUUCAUUCGUUCAUUAGUUUGCCGAACAUGAAAACGGAAAAUGUUACCGAUUUGAAAAGACUACGCGAUACAGUGUCCUCAUCGAUCGCGGCUUUAAAAAAUCAAAAUCGUCCCGUUGAGCAAUGGGAUGACUUGCUCGUAUUCCUCAUCGUUCAGAAAUUCAGUCCUCGCACAAGAAAUGAAUGGAAUUUGAGACGUAGCAUGUCUUCUGAGCUUCCGACGUACAAAGAUAUUAACAACUUUAUGACAUUACGUAUACGAGGCUUGACUGAUUUAUCGGAUAUAAAUAAUAGCGUGGCCAAUUCACGUAAUCAAUAUAAACAUAAAUCCUCAGUUAACAGCAUAUCCGUAGUAAAAUGCGAACAUUGCGCUGCUAAUCAUUAUAUACAUCAAUGUAAAGAAUUUCGUUCAAAAUCUAUUAGCGAACGAAAUAGCCUCGCAAGACAGCAUAAAUUAUGUUUUAAAUGUUUGAAAUCCGGGCAUUUUACUUCGAAAUGUUUAAGUACGACGCGAUGCGAACACUGUAGUCGCAUGCAUCAUUCAUUAUUACAUGGCAAAACGCGUGAAGCUCCCCUCGAUUCUGAUUUGCAAAAGUCAGUUUCUUCCGCCGGUGCUCAAAUACCGCACGGCGAACACACCGUCACGGAAACACAUGCCGUCGCGAAUGUUCAAACGGUACAGACGACUCAAAUUUCAACGCCCCCGCACAUCCUCCUAGCAACAGCUUGGGUUGACCUUCAUACUAACGAGGGUCGUAGAUUUAGAGUUCGCGCGUUACUAGAUCAAGGGUCUACGUACAGUUUUAUUUCAGAGUCUUUAUGUCAAAAUAUGCGUACUAAACGACAUCAAGCUGAUCUACAAAUACGUUGCUUCGGAGAAAAAUAUACGGGUAAAUCGAGAUCACGCGUCACGCUAAAUAUGUCACCUUGUUCGCUCAAGACUCCCCUCUUUCCGCUAGUCGCGUACGUAUACCAGAAAAUUACGUCAUACUCCGCUUCUCAGAUUCAACCUCUCAAAAAUUGGUCUCACUUAGGAGAUCUAACGCUUACGGAUCCAAACCCGUCAAGCAAAGAUCCCAUUCACUUGUUAAUAGGAGCAGACCUCUACGGCUCGUUAUUAUUAAAUGAUUUAAGGCAAGGUCCGUUAGGUACCCCGACUGCUCAGAAUACAGUUCUCGGAUGGGUAUUAUCAGGGCCCACAACAAGUACUGAACGCUCACCGGAAAACGCUUCCGUAUUACAUUGCGAAUCGUCGCUUAAUACCAAUCUUAUUCUUCUCAAGUUUUGGCAGGAUGAGGAAGUCCCUCAUAAUAUUCCUCUUACCGCCGAAGAAACAAAAUGUGAAGAACAUUUUAAAAACACGCAUACACGCACUCCCGACGGUAGAUAUGUCGUUCGUCUACCUUUCAAGGAGAAGCCUCCGAUAAACAUUGGCGAAUCUUUGUCAAUAGCUCGUUCAUUGUAUAAUCGUAAUGAAAAACAAUCACAAAACAAGCGAGAUGUAAGUACACAAUAUAAUGAUUUCUUGCGAGAAUACGAGUUCCUUGGGCACAUGAAGCAGGUCGACGAUAAAGAGAAAAACAUAGCAAAUCCCGUGUAUAUUCUGCAUCACGCUAUAUUACGCAAAUCCAGCCUUACGACAAAAUUGCGCGUUGUAUUUAAUGCAUCGUGUAAAACGCGAGACGGUACAUCUUUGAAUGAUCAUUUGUUGAUCGGUCCGAAAUUACAGGCGGAUCCCGCGGCAUUAAUUUUACGAUGGCGUCAAUGGUGUUAUGUCUAUAUGACCGAUAUACAAAAAAUGUUCCGUCAAAUUCUAGUCGAUCCGAUUGAUACUGACUUCCAACGCAUUCUAUGGCGACCUAACAUUGAUUCGCCGAUAAAAUCGUUCCGACUGCUUACCGUAACAUACGGUCUCGCCUCCUCGCCAUAUUUAGCUUUACGCGUGCUCCUACAACUCGCUAAAGAUGAAGGCUGUUCGUUCCCCAAAGCUGUUUCAAUAUUAAAAAAUUCGCUUUAUGUUGAUGACAUGCUGUUCGGCGAUGACGACAUGCAAGGACUACGUGAAGCACGUGAUCAGUUAAUAGAAUUAUUGCGACGCGGAGGAUUUCGGCUUAGUAAAUGGACUGCGAAUUCCACCGAACUCUUGAAAGACCUUUCUACCGUACAACAAGAUUCAAUUGACAAUUUGUUGAUAAAAGACGAUAAUCUUAAAGUUCUCGGUUUAUCAUGGUCGUCCAAAGAAGAUUCAUUUUACUUCGUGAUCUCUCCCUCUCCGCAAAGAGACUUAACUAAACGCUCUAUACUCUCAAUUGUCGCUAAAUUAUACGACCCUCUCGGUUGGGCAUCUCCUAUCAUUAUUACGACCAAAAUCCUCUUGCAAGAACUUUGGCUGCUCAAGAGUGAUUGGGAUGAUCCAGUUCCCCCAAAUUUAAAACAACGAUGGCUCGAUUAUUAUUCCGAUUUACCUCAGUUAAAAUCUGCUCGCAUUCCCAGAUGA